UCAGUGUAGUUCACGUCGACGCGCUGUCACGAAGAUGACAAGAACAGCUGUUGACUGUUGUUCCUACGAAGCGUGAACAUGGCCGCCGAGAAAUCGAUAGAAGAGCGUGAGGAAUUGUAUUCAUUCCAUGUCGUCGCGACGACGACUUCUCGCGGGGCACAACUUCGCAAUUGUUGCCUGUAAAUGUGCCAUUCUGCCGGAUGACAUCGUGAGAAGAUCGUUCUUUGUGUGCGCGCGUCGCACACUACCACCGACGCCGACAUCGUGCAGCUGAUCUGUGAAGACUGGUGAAAGUGUUCCGAAUAGUUGUCGAACCAUGGAGAUGCCGUGCUGAUUCACGAUCAACGCGAUGCGCUGGGCUCAGGGAGAUCGGCCGUAUCGAAAGUUCCUAAUAUAAACUUAGCUGUAUCUUGGAGUUUGCUAAUAUUUAUGGAGGAAAGAUUGAAGUAUCGACAGCUGUGGCUCUAAUAUGCAUAUUGGGAACUCUCUUCUCUCGUUACGUACACAUAGUGGGGUGAUACAUGACAGUAAACGCUCCAACAUAUCUUAUUGCUGAUAUUCGCCGAAGGAGAAUUACUUCAUCUUUAGUAUGGUCAUUGAGAGUCGUCUCUUACAUACGCGCAGUGCAAUGUUAUUUACGUAACAGUCUAUACAGCUUGCAUCUCGACGUGUGCUGUACUUAAUACUUGUUGAGGCAGAAGUCACAUCCUCAACUGCGGUUGAAUUUAAUAUGGACACUUUGGAACUGGCUCUAGUAGCUAUUAUUACAUUCAUCUGCGGUAUACUAUGUACCUUGGCGUUGGAAGUCUACUUGUUCAAGAGGUACCUAGAGUCAGGGCCUCAGGCUGCUUCACCGCAGAGGCAGCUGCAGCAUGGCAAGGCGCAGUUACCUAAGGAGCUGGUGGAACAGAUGCAGGAGGAACAGGCGAAUUCCAACAAUAUGUCCCGCCAGGCAAUGUCCCAAGGCAAUGAGAACCUAGCGAUCAAUUUGACCCUGCAAUUCCUCUUUAACGAGCUGCGAAACGCCGAACGAGUGCGCCUAUGGCUUUAUAGAAAGUUAAAUAACGAGUUUAAGGAGCUGUUAACGCAGUCGACGACUGCCAAACUAUUAGACAGCGUGAAGUUGAGAGACUUGAAUUUAGGCACGCAAUUUCCAACAAUAAAGGGCUUGGAAGUCGCCGAUUCGAAAAUCGACGCCGACACUGGUUUGCUGGAAUCUUUGGACUUGGCCUUAGAUCUACAUUACUCAGGAAACUUUCAAUUGUCUAUAGAUGUUAAAAUGCUGCUCGGUAAAACAGCCUAUAUGGCGUUGCAAGUAAAGCGCGUGAGCGGUAAAGCUAGGCUACAAUUUACUCGUGUACCUUAUACGCACUGGUCAUUGAGCUUUUAUUCGGACCCAAUCUUGGAGUUGGAAGUGCAGUCGCAGUUCCAAGGUCGUCAGUUACAGCCGCAGAUAAUUUCAAUCAUUACCAGCCAAAUUAGGAAGGCGGUGAAACGAAAGCACACUCUACCUCGUUACAAAAUGCGUUACAAGCCAUUCUUCCGAAGAUUAAACGAUGAAGCCGUGGAUCUCUCAGAAGUUGCUAGCACUCAACUCACUCCGGGAUACUUGGAGGUUGUAUUGCUGGAGAUCAGCAGACUAAAUCUCGCGCCUAUCACCUUCAACAGCGAGGACGGUAUGUCGCAGGUGGAAGUAUAUUGCACGAUCAGCGUAGAUUCCACUCCGUGGAUAUACUUGACGCAGUACAGCGGCGUCCCGUACAUGGUGCUCGACUUGAUCAUCAGCAAGACAGGCUCCCAGCAGCUGGGCGUGGUGUUCAAGCAGGAGGUCGUGCCGGAGAUCGGUCAGAUGUGCGUGCUAGUGGAAACCAUAGUGUCCGGUAGCCCGGCGGCGAUCGCCGAGAUGAGGAAGGGCGACAUUCUGGUGGCGGUGGACGGCAAGAAGGUGUCGAGCAUGAAUCAAGUGGCGAAGUUCGUCAAGUCCGCCGUGCAGCGACGCUUCAUCAUCAGGGUGGAGAGACGAUACUCGAAGGCGGACUCGAGCGAGAGGGGGCAGAAAACGGACAGCGAGAGGACGUCUCUUGGCGAGAGGAAAGCAUCGAAGAGCAUCGAUUCCGUGUGCAGAGCAGGGGUGGACAGUCCGAACGCGGAAGACGCCGGGAAGAUGAAGUUCGAGACGCAAAUCAAGUUCUCAGACUUACGGGACUCCGACGUCGAUCUCGCGGACGUACGACCGGACACGAGCAAGCUGUUUAAAAGGAGGAAGAGCAGCAUUCAUACGGAAGACGCUGCUCAGACACCGGAAACCACGCCGUCUCGACGGAUCUCGACGAUCUCCACGUCGUCGGCGUCGUCCAGUAACGUUCAGUUUUAUCUUUCGGACGACAGCAGCGCGAUGAACGUCGCCGAUUUGUACUAUAGCACGAAGGAGAAGCCGUACGCUUCUCUUAUCACCUUCGAGGAGACCAAGAGCUUUCGGAUCGAUUCCGAGCUGCAGUAUCUGAACGUGGGCGUGUGGGGCCGCGUGAAGGGUGGUGAGACGCCCUCGAGAUUGCUGGGCUACAUAAACGCGCCUGUGAAAUUAAUCCUGGCACAGUGCUGCACCUCUUCGACAGGACAUUAUUUGAAAUGUCACGCCUUGUUGCCGCCGGAAAGUGCUUCUUUGGCGACGUCCUACGUAAGAUUACACGGCUACUCGGGAUUCGAUCCGACGCUCUGUUAUGGCGACAUUCUGCUGUCAUAUGUGUGGGAGUCUUGCCGACCAAGCGAUCACGCGACUGGUGAUUCUGGGAAGAAGGAGAACGCGGAAGCUGCCAAAACUCAACUGAUCACGAGCGAAGAAGUCGCCGACAGAAAGAUGCACGAUUUUAUCAGGACGCACUUCCACAGGGCGACGCACUGCGAUUUUUGUACGAAAAAGAUUUGGCUGAAGGAUGCGGUGCAGUGUCGAGACUGCGGCAUGGUAUGUCACAAGAAAUGUGAGGCGCGCUGCCAAGCAUCUGGUACGUGCGGCGCAGAGAGCCUAGCAACCCUGGCGAUGGAGGCCGAUGAGAUCGAGCCGAGCGUCGGGGAUAUCUCUAGCCCGGAGAUCUCUCUGACCGGAUGCGAAGAUAAUGUACAGGGCGCAAGUAUGAUGGCCGUGAAGGCUAGUAUAGCUAACACUCUGUUGGGCCUGAAGAAGGCUGGAAGUACCAGUUGCUUGGCCCCACCGGCUUCCGGUAUUGGUCUGGCAUCUCGCAGUCUUCCCCCAAGUCCCUGUGCAUCCCGCAAGAGUUCAUUGGCCGGAGGUCUGGGAAUAAGUCCUGACCUCUUGGAGGGUGCUGAGCCAAGUGUUGCAGCUCCACUUGUAGCCGGUGACCUGGACGAGGGUCUCAUGUCGAGGGCCAGGGACACCGGCAAGUUCCUGUACAAGUAUUUAGAGCCGCAGGAGCGUGUCGACAAAAUCAACACUAUGAUGACCAAAUUGAAGAACGCGCUGGACGCCGAAACUACCUCAAGAUUAGAGUUAUCCCACAAUGGAGACGCGGAUAGCAUGAAGUUGAUCGCGCAAAGUGACCUACGAGUGCAGGCGCUAAGCGUGUUGCUUCUGCACUAUUGCGCCGGCUUGCAGCAUGCACAAGAGGCAUUGGAUCGACCAGCAACCAACAAGGAAUCUUAACGCGAUAAACAGCAGCUUUAAAAGGAUGUCGCAGUAUCUCACUCUAUCCUGAGAAAUGCGAAAAACACGGAAAAUGUAAUAAUGUUGACAAUGGAAUAAUAAUGAAUCGCUUUCGUCAUUUCUUUUGUAACGAGCCGCGAGUAGUCGACGAUGUUACAUUGAUCUUAUGAUAUUGACGCCAUUUUUAAUAUUAUAUUGUAAUAUUAUUAUGAUGUUGUACGUAACACUGCACGGAGAUAUUUAUAUUAUUGUGCACAGAAAUAGGGAACAAGUAUUGGACGUUAUUUAUGGUUGCAUUCCAUUGAACACCAGAAACAUUUAUAAUUGUAUUCUAUAUGUGUGUCAAUUUUUAUUCACUUUUGCUAUUUAUUGUAUAAUAUUUUUGGAAAACACAUUGUAUAGCAUUAUUAUAACGGUACAUUUUCCAAAAUUUAGCGUUAAUGUAAUAUUGUAUACAUCACAUAUAUAUUUUAACACUACAAUAUAACAGGUGACUUUAAAUAUUGCGCCAUAACUGUUCCAAAGUGUAUACUACAUUAGUCAAUUGAUCGAAUUUUAAACACUAUUUACGUGGGUGUCAAUAAGGUAAAAUAGGUCAAAUAUAAUUAUUAAUUUAUAUAUAUUCGAAUUUCAAUCUUGUAAUGAUCAAUCUUCGACAAAGAAAUGAAGUUCAACAAGUGUGUUUUUCACUCAAGAUCCAAAAAGAAAAGCUUCGUAUUAUUUUCUCAUUAAAUUUAUAGAAUUUAAUGUUAACAAUCCGUUUUAUACGUAGCUUUUGCGCUUUGCAGGAUUAACCGAAAUUCUGUACGUGUUACGAGACAAGCGUAACACAAUUUCACAUACGUAAGCUAAUAUAGUAUAGAAAUAUAGUGAUUUUAUCAACUUUACUUUCAAAAGUUUAUGAAUUUUCGUAUUGCAAUUUGCAUUGUGUAGCUAAAUAAUACUCAAAGAGCGUUGUCACACGCUGGGAUAUUAUUGUUCACCAAGACGGAACACCAAAUUUGUUGAGGUAUUGUUCUAGUAUUACUACAUUAUUAUAAUAAUAUAAUUACAAAAUGUAUGUAUAUUCACGUAAAAGGAACUGCGUGUAUACUCACAAGAGGAUGCUUUAAUUUGCGAAAGGAUGCGCUACGAGUAAAGCUUUCCGUGAAAACAGUGCGAUUCCUUAAAUACAAAUGCAUUUUAUGUAAUGACAAUUUUGUGCGAUAUAUAUUGCAUUCGCAAAUGUGAUAUGUGAAAAACACAUUAUUAUAAAACUUAAACGAGACCAUUUAUAAAUUGAAACGAUGAUUCUAUCGCGAUCGUAAAACAAUCUGUACUGAGCGAUCGAUGUACAAUUGUGCAAAUUAUGCCAAAACCUAUGUGAUAAGAGAACGCCCGCGUUUUUGGCGACACAUUCUAGUUUUUUUUUUUUAUAAAUUGUUUUUUUGUUUUAUAUUUAUGUCUUUAUUUAAUUCUUUCAAUACGAGU